GGUCGCGGGCGGGAGGGGAGGAGGCCCGAGAGAGGUUGCUGCGGAGGCCGCGAGCCGGUGACUGGGCGCGAGGCGGCCGACAGCGGCGGCGGCGGCAGCGGCGGCACCACCAUGUCGCGCUCCGUGCUGCAGCCCAGUCAGCAGAAGCUGGCGGAGAAGCUCACCAUCCUCAACGACCGGGGCGUCGGCAUGCUCACCCGCCUCUACAACAUCAAGAAGCAAGGACAAGUUUGGAAGGCUUGUGGAGACCCCAAGGCAAAACCAUCCUAUCUUAUUGACAAAAACCUGGAAUCUGCUGUGAAAUUCAUAGUUAGAAAAUUCCCUGCGGUAGAAACUCGGAACAACAAUCAACAGCUUGCUCAACUACAGAAAGAAAAAUCAGAAAUUCUGAAAAAUCUGGCAUUAUAUUACUUCACAUUUGUAGAUGUUAUGGAAUUUAAGGAUCAUGUUUGUGAAUUGCUGAAUACCAUUGAUGUUUGCCAAGUUUUCUUUGAUAUUACUGUAAAUUUUGAUUUAACGAAGAAUUACUUAGAUUUGAUCAUAACCUAUACAACACUAAUGAUACUGUUAUCUCGAAUUGAAGAAAGGAAGGCAAUCAUUGGACUAUACAACUAUGCUCAUGAAAUGACUCAUGGAGCAAGUGACAGAGAAUACCCACGACUUGGUCAAAUGAUUGUGGAUUAUGAAAAUCCUUUAAAGAAGAUGAUGGAAGAAUUUGUACCCCAUAGCAAGUCUCUUUCAGAUGCACUAAUUUCUCUUCAGAUGGUAUAUCCUCGAAGGAAUCUUUCAGCAGAUCAGUGGAGAAAUGCCCAAUUACUGAGCCUCAUCAGUGCACCCAGUACAAUGCUUAAUCCUGCACAGUCUGACACUAUGCCUUGUGAAUAUCUCUCUUUGGAUGCAAUGGAAAAAUGGAUUAUAUUUGGUUUUAUUUUGUGCCAUGGGAUCCUAAAUACUGAUGCUACGGCACUGAAUCUUUGGAAACUAGCUCUUCAAAGUAGCUCUUGCCUCUCUCUCUUUCGAGAUGAAGUUUUCCACAUUCACAAAGCUGCAGAAGACUUAUUUGUAAACAUACGAGGGUAUAAUAAACGUAUUAAUGAUAUUAGGGAAUGCAAGGAGGCAGCUGUAUCACAUGCUGGUUCAAUGCACAGAGAAAGACGCAAGUUUUUAAGAUCUGCAUUGAAAGAACUGGCAACUGUCCUCUCUGAUCAACCUGGCUUGCUAGGUCCCAAGGCACUUUUUGUUUUUAUGGCAUUAUCAUUUGCCCGUGAUGAAAUUAUCUGGCUACUUCGUCAUGCAGAUAACAUGCCAAAGAAGAGUGCGGAUGACUUUAUAGAUAAGCACAUUGCUGAACUAAUAUUUUAUAUGGAAGAGCUUAGAGCACAUGUAAGGAAAUACGGACCUGUGAUGCAGAGGUAUUAUGUGCAGUACCUUUCUGGCUUUGAUGCUGUUGUCCUCAAUGAGCUUGUGCAGAAUCUUUCUGUUUGCCCUGAAGAUGAAUCAAUCAUCAUGUCCUCUUUUGUUAACACUAUGACUUCCCUAAGUGUAAAACAAGUUGAAGAUGGGGAAGUAUUUGAUUUCAGAGGAAUGAGAUUAGAUUGGUUUAGAUUACAGGCAUAUACUAGUGUCUCUAAGGCUUCACUCAGCCUUGCAGAUCACAGAGAACUUGGAAAAAUGAUGAAUACAAUAAUUUUUCAUACAAAAAUGGUAGAUUCCUUGGUGGAAAUGUUGGUGGAAACAUCAGAUCUCUCUAUAUUUUGUUUUUAUAGUCGUGCUUUUGAGAAGAUGUUUCAGCAGUGUUUGGAGCUACCUUCUCAGUCAAGAUACUCAAUUGCAUUUCCACUACUUUGCACUCAUUUUAUGAGUUGUACACAUGAACUCUGUCCAGAAGAGCGACAUCACAUUGGAGAUCGUAGUCUUUCCUUAUGUAAUAUGUUUCUGGAUGAAAUGGCUAAACAAGCUCGAAAUCUUAUAACUGAUAUUUGCACAGAACAGUGUACUCUUAGUGACCAGUUGCUGCCCAAGCAUUGUGCCAAAACCAUCAGUCAAGCAGUGAAUAAGAAGUCAAAAAAGCAGACUGGUAAAAAAGGGGAACCUGAAAGGGAGAAACCAGGAGUUGAGAGCAUGAGGAAAAAUAGGCUGGUAGUAACCAACCUUGAUAAACUGCACACUGCACUUUCUGAGUUAUGUUUCUCUAUAAAUUAUGUUCCAAAUAUGGUGGUUUGGGAGCACACAUUUACUCCAAGAGAAUAUUUGACUUCUCAUCUGGAAAUCCGCUUUACUAAGUCAAUUGUUGGGAUGACUAUGUAUAAUCAAGCCACACAGGAAAUUGCAAAACCAUCAGAACUUUUAACAAGUGUAAGAGCAUACAUGACCGUACUCCAAUCGAUAGAAAACUAUGUGCAAAUUGAUAUUACAAGAGUAUUUAAUAAUGUUCUUCUUCAACAAACACAGCAUUUAGACAGUCAUGGAGAACCAACCAUUACAAGUCUGUACACAAAUUGGUAUUUGGAAACCUUGCUAAGACAAGUCAGUAAUGGCCAUAUAGCUUAUUUCCCUGCAAUGAAAGCAUUUGUGAACUUACCUACAGAAAAUGAGUUAACAUUCAAUGCAGAAGAAUAUUCUGACAUAUCAGAAAUGAGGUCAUUAUCAGAACUACUUGGCCCAUAUGGAAUGAAGUUUCUAAGUGAAAGCCUUAUGUGGCAUAUUUCAUCUCAAGUUGCUGAACUUAAGAAACUCGUGGUGGAGAAUGUUGAUGUAUUAACACAAAUGAGGACCAGCUUUGACAAACCAGACCAAAUGGCUGCACUCUUUAAAAGAUUAUCAUCUGUUGACAGUGUCUUGAAGAGGAUGACAAUAAUUGGUGUAAUUUUAUCCUUCCGAUCAUUGGCACAAGAAGCACUGAGAGAUGUUUUAUCCUACCACAUUCCUUUCCUUGUAAGUUCAAUUGAAGAUUUUAAGGAUCACAUUCCAAGAGAAACUGAUAUGAAGGUUGCCAUGAAUGUGUAUGAGUUAUCAUCAGCUGCUGGAUUACCUUGUGAGAUUGAUCCUGCUUUGGUGGUAGCUCUCUCUUCACAAAAAUCAGAAAAUAUUAGUCCAGAAGAAGAAUAUAAAAUUGCUUGCCUCCUCAUGGUCUUUGUGGCAGUUUCUUUGCCAACACUGGCUAGUAAUGUAAUGUCGCAGUACAGCCCUGCUAUAGAAGGGCACUGCAACAAUAUACAUUGCUUGGCCAAAGCCAUCAACCAGAUUGCAGCAGCUUUGUUUACAAUUCACAAAGGUAGCAUUGAAGACCAAAUCUUGUUAUUUUGUGCUCUUGCAUCUUCCAGUCUUUUGAAAAUUGGCCAGGAGACAGAUAAAACUACAACAAGAAAUAGAGAAUCUGUUUACUUACUGCUAGAUAUGAUUGUACAAGAAUCCCCAUUCCUAACAAUGGAUCUUUUGGAAUCUUGUUUUCCUUACGUCUUGCUGAGAAAUGCAUACCAUGCUGUCUACAAGCAAAGUGUUACAUCUUCUGCAUAA